AGUGUGUGGGGGAGAUUAAUUAACUACACUUUUUAUUUUUUUUUAUUUUUUCAAAUAUUUCUUCGUUCUUCUUUUUUCCUUAAUAACUUCUAAAAAAAAAAAAAAUGUUAUCAGACGACGAGUAUGAUUUCCUCUUUAAGCUCGUGCUCAUUGGUGACUCUGGCGUAGGAAAGUCUAAUUUGCUUUCCAGAUUUACAACAAACGAAUUCAACCUUGAAUCAAAAAGUACCAUUGGCGUUGAGUUUGCUACCAAGAAUAUCGAAAUUGGUAAGAACCCAUUUCACACUUCUUUACUGUUACUAAUCCAUCGUCUUACCCUCAUAGAAAAGCGUUCCAUUAAAGCACAAAUCUGGGAUACUAGUGGACAAGAACGUUACAGAGCUAUUACCGGAGCUUAUUAUCGCGGUGCUGUCGGUGCUCUUGUUGUAUAUGAUAUUACCCGUAGAAACUCAUUCCAAAACGUUUCACAUUGGUUGAAGGAGCUUAGAGAUCAUGCGGAAUCCAAGAUUGUUAUUAUGUUGGUAGGCAACAAGGUCGAUUUAAGCGAAACCAGCCGUGCUGUUACAACCGAAGAAGGUGCGGCUUUGGCCGAGAAGGAUGGAUUUCUCUUUAUGGAAACUUCAGCACUUGACUCUACCAAUGUUGACAGUGCAUUCGAAAAGGUCUUUACUACUAUUUUCGAGAAUCUUCCUAAACCUGCACAAACAACUGAUGAUAAUAAAAUGGGUGCCGGUCCUACAAAUGGUGAGCGUGUUCAGUUAAGACCACCAAGUGUCCGUAGCAUGUCUCGCGGUAACAGUUUGGAUGAAAACAGAGAAUAUCGCAAAAAGGAGAAGGCUGGGGGUGGAUGUUGUUAAAGCCCGAUGAGCUAUCACCCAUAAUUAUUAUUACUAUACUUUUAUUAUCAUUAUAAAAAACCUUUUCAAAAGCUAACAAAAUUUACGUGUCAUAAUGCAUGGGAUGC